CAAUCAUCAAAACAAUGACAUUGGUAACAAAAACAAAAAGGAAAUUUUUCACUGCUCAUCAAUAAAAACGUAUAAUAAUCUAAAAUUAAGUAUUUAUGCAACGUUGUUGCAGUUUCUCAUAACCGCAAUACGCAAAAAACCUGAAGUCCAACGACACCCCACACCCACAGAUCUUGAGCGCAGAGAACAGCUGAGAAAAGAAAAAAUAGCUCCAAAGGGAAAAUAGCUACGGAUACAACACCUGCAAAUCACUGUUUUCUUUGUUCUUAGAGUAGCGAGAGUACUUGCGCUCGCGACUUGAUUUCGGGUUCAGUGCUAUUCGUUAUUCGUUGGUCUAUUGGAAAGUUGUAAUGAGCAGAAGCCCGAACUGGGCCGAGCUUCCGGCCCUUGUCAUUACCAAUUUAUUCCAGCAUCUCAAUUACCACGACCGAUUGCAGGCAUCAUCGGUAUGCUGGCACUGGCGCUCAGCUAUCUUCCAGCCAAGAUUUUUCAAGGACAUUCAUUUUGAUGUGGCACGGGAAAAUAACAGGAAGAAUAGUUUCUUCCUUCAGUCAUUGGCCCACAUAGUCAACGAAGCAAAAAUCUCCUUCGACUCGUGCAAUCUCUACGAUGUCGAACUUACGACCGAGAUUCUCUACAAGCUAAGCAAAAGUUCUUGUCUGGUCAGUUUGAUUUUACGUCCAAAAUAUGCUACUCUGAUCACACCAGGGCGUUUCUAUUCCGAAGAAGAGUGGAACUAUAUUUAUAAGUUGUUUGUUGAACCCAUUAAGACAUUACUUAGCCGACAAAAUCCCCCGCUCAAGGUGCUAGAUUUGGGUUGUUCGGAAAUUUUAGCACUCCAUGCUACUGAUUUCUUAAAUAGUUGUCCUCGGCCUCAAUUUCUGCGGCAGUUGGACUUUGCUUCAGUAAAGCAAGAUCCCAGCCACUACGCCCUUAGCAUGAUCGAGCCGAAUCUGUUUGAAAAGUGCAACGUUCUGCAGCAAAUUUCACUAGAUUACGACAUUCUGUGUGAUGAUUUUUUGCAAACAUUGCAAUUGCUGCCCUUGCGACGGUUGGUAGUUCACGUGCAUGGAGUGGAUGAGGAUCAUCCGGGCAUCUCGGAGGCAGCAUGGGCCUGCUUCCGCAUUAGCAAUCCCCACGUCGAACUGCAUUUGACACUGGUGUGUGCGUACGAAGCCGUCGAUAUACUGCAUAGCCACAUCCUGCGUCCGUCAAUGCCGUUAUCCCACCUGAAGGUGCUCUUCUGCGACAGGAUCAAUUGUGAUGCUCUGGAAUAUUUAUCGCGUUAUUAUAAGGAAACACUGAAGAGUAUGAUUUGGGUUGAUUCGAUGCGCAUUCAAGAGUAUCGUAACAUUAUGGAACUCGUGCUCAGAACCGAGCAGGACCCGUUAGUUAUGAUGGCUUGGCGUUGCAAAAAGCUAGAGGAAAUCGUUAUUCACGGUUAUGUUCUGGAUCCUCAUAAUCUGGUAGGAAUAUCGCGUCUCCGAGGUAAGGAUUUAAAGGUGCUAGAGGUAUCCCGAAUCGAUCUGUCAAUGCCGUCGGUCAUGAUGGCUCCAUUUAUUGAGGAAAUAAGUACGCAACUAGGCCAGAAAUGGGCACCACUUGAUCCAAAAACGCUCCCAGCUGCGCUUGGGUACUAUCCGGUUUCGGAUGAGAUACGCGAUCAGUACAUCUUGCGAUACAUUCGCAACGGAGUCAUGCCUUGAACGUGUAAGUACCAAUUCGUUGAACGACAGAACUAGAAACAUAAGUAGAAGACAAGGCAAAGUGUUCGGAAAGCAGCUCAAAGCAGAUCGCCGAGUUAAAACACAUAAAAAGCCUUGCUUAAAUUCUAUUCUAGCGCCCAUGGGCAAACGCACCUAUCCACUCAAGUAAACUAGAGAAAAAAGUUAAUAUUUAAUGUAUUUUAGUGCAUUAGCGUUACAGCGAAAUAACCACCCGUCAAAGCUCAGAAUAACAGUCAAAGCAAGAUCAAAAAUUUGGACGGAGUUGCGUUUUUCCCUUUUGUCCAUCAAAAUGCCGAAAGGUUCAACACACUUACAUUCGAAAUUAGUGCAAUUUUCAGUUAAUGCACUAUUUAUUGAUGAGUAUGAUUUAGAGCAGAACGAAUAAUGCUAGGAAAACGACGGGGAGAACAAAUCCCCAUCUAGAUGAACCUAUUUAGAGUGGCAGUGAGAUUUGUUAGCGGAAUACGAUUCGAAAGGUACGACCCACAUAAAACUGUGGGCAGGACAAAAAAACACCGAAGCACCCGCGUAAACCGAUAAGAUAAAAUGAGAACAACAGAUCUGUGAUUAAUUUUUUUUUUGCGGUUACAUUAUUUAUUUCUUAUAUUCCGGAUUAUUUGAUGUUUUGCUUAUUAUAUUAAGAAACCCUGCAAACCCUAAACAGUUUUAUUUGUUAACCAUUGCAAUAUUUAUUGGAUGUUAGGUUUAGAUAAGAAGAGUCAAUCUCGAGAUGGCCAGGUACAGUUCAGUUGUUGCACAAUAUGUUGACAAUAAGCGAUCUCCAACCAACAGGUAUGGUUUCCAGGCAUUUUAAAAUGAUUUACUGAAAAAAAUCGAAUCUCACAAAUCGAGGAUGAAGGAACAGAGGCACCCACCAAAUGUCAAUCAGGAUUGAGCAGAUUCGAAAUCAGUUUUCUAACACUACCGAUUCUGUUGUUCCAGUUUUGAACACUGAAAAAAUGCUCUCACAUAAUAUGGUCAAAAACUCGAACUAAACUAGCAAUUAUAAAGUACAACCAAGCACAACAACUGAACUGUUCUGAAACAAAUAAUUAUUACAGUGAGAUUGACGAAGCCAACUACAGCGCCAAUAGUAGAGUCAUUAUGUUUAACUGUAACUCUUUAUCUGCGUUACUAGUAAGUAGUAAAACAAUAAUUGGCAGAUAUUUUUCACAAUUCUUUAUGCUUACAAUUUAAAAAACUUUUUUAACCUGGAUUCUGAACAUAUACACAAAUUUCUACAACGGGAAAUGUUUUUCGCCUAACAACCAGCAGUUUACAUGCUUCGCUGCAAACUUCAAGAUACCAAUAUCUACCAUUUUAAGCAGCUGAAAGGCUGCGAUUUUUAUCUAAGUUGGAUGUUUCAAUCCUGCAGCAUGAGAUGGAAGCAAAAACUAGUAAACGUUCGAUCAAUGGCUAGCAUCUCCAGAAUCAACGAAGGUACGUUACGGAUGAAAUGUGGCAAAAAAAUCCACUAUUACAUUGUAUCCUAUUUUUUAUCGAAGAAGUAGCUGACUUGGCAAACUUCGUCCCGCCCAAUUUGUUUUCUUAUUCAAUUAAUUUUGAAAAUUGAAAGCAUAAGAAUUCGAAAUUGAUAUUUGUUUAUUAAUACAAUCUGUUGAUUUCCGUUUCCAAGAAUAUCGUUCUAAAUGGUAAAAUUCAAAUCACCGACAUCUUUGUUAUUGCACGUGCACUGGAUUCUGGACGAUAUUCGAAAACACAUUCAUAAUGAGUAUCUAUUUUGUCGAUAUUAAGCGAGGCGAUCCUGAAAAGAUUCAAAAUGGUAUUUAGGGUCGGUUUUUCUGUGCAUCAAUAAUAUGCGGUCAUGUCAGGCUAUUUCCAAAAUGGUGUCUAAAAUCGAUUUUCGGCCUCUGAGCAGCAUCCCGGUUGUGGAAAUCCACAUUGAGUAGUAUAUCAUUAUUUCAGGUUGUUUUUUUGAAAUCGGACAUCGCCAUCUAGAAUCUCAAAAUAGCUCCUGUAGUCAAUUUCUGACCGCUUGGCAUCAUUCUGGUUUCGAAAACACCAGAAGUUAUCACCUUGGUUUACCAUAACAAGUUUCAGGAAACCAGAAAAACCCACCUUGGAUGUACGUUUUUGGCUUCUGUGGAUCAUCCAUUGGAAUAUAUGUUUUAUUUUUAUAUGAGCCCUCCACCUCCGCUUCGCAAAAAGUGGGGGACGGGUCAAACCAUCAAAGGAAUAUCUCGUGUAUUCUAAAAUCCCCCCAUUCCCAUUUUGGUUCCGUUCACUUGAAUAGUUCUCGAGUUGUGCAGAUUUUUAUGUUUCAUUUGUAUGGCCUUUAGAGGGAGGGUGGACAGGAGUGUCAAACCACGAUUGUAAUCUUUCUUGCUUCAAAACCUCUACAUGCCGAAUUUAAUUCCAUUUGCUUUAUUAGUUCUCAAGUCAUUCUGUUUUAUUUGUAUGGGAGCUCUCCCUUCCGGAAAGGAGGAGGGGUCUCGUACUAUCGUAAUAACCAGUUGUGAUUUUUUGACCUUUCACCAAGAGAGUACAUGAACUUUGGAAAAUCGAGAAAAAAAAUUCCAUGCCAAAUGACUUAAAAAUGCAUGAAACGUGGAUAGCUGGUGUUAUCUCGAAAGCACAAAAUAAUUCACAUGAGGUUUGGAGCGGUUCAUUUUUAAAAGUCAAUUCUGAAAUAUUCCAUAUUGAGCCAUCGGUUGCUCAAAAAACGACCCAGAAGGUCGAUUUUUGGCCAAUUUUUUUUGCGAAAAUCACAAUUUUGAGCGCUUUGAAGCAUCUCUAAGUCAUGUCCAAUUGAGCUUAAAUAUUGCACGUGUUAUUUUUUUGCCCAAUAAAUAAAUUGCUUACAUACCUUACUAUAUACCAAGCAGCUUCAAGCCGUGGUUCAUCCGCCUCCGCCACGAUCCAUCUUGCACUUCGCCUCAGAUGGUAUGCAGCAUCUUCCGUUUGAAAACUCCAAGGGCGCGUUGGUCCUCCACAAGCAUAGUCCAAGUUUCGUGGCCGUAGAGAACUACCUGUCUGAUCAGUGUUUUGUAGAUGGUCAACUUCGUGCGGUGGUGAAUUUUGUUCUGAGCGAAGCGCCCUUCGGAGUCCAAAAUAGGCCUGUCCCAAUUUCCUGUCAUAAUGCGUCGACGAGUCUUUCUGCGGGUGUCGUUGUCAGCAGUCUCUAGUGAACCAAGGUACACGAACUCGUCUACCGCCUCGAUUUCAUCACUGUUAAUCCAAAUUAAUGGUGAGAGGUUGUUUUCUCUGGAACAUCUUCCUCUCAUGAACCUUGUUUUCGAAGCGUUUAUGUCCAGUCCAAUUCGUCCUGUUCUAGCCUUCAGUCUGAUGUACGUCUCCGUCUCGAAAGUUCGUGCUACGAUGUCGAUAUCGUCGGCAAAUCCAAAUAACUGAACGGAUCUCCUGAAUAUUGUGCCACUCGUGUCGUUACCAGCCCUUCGUAUUAUUCCUUCUAAAGCGAUAUUUAUUAACAAGCACGAUAGUCCAUCAGCUUGCCAUAACCCUCUUCGAGAUUUGAAGAGACUCGAGACUGUUCACGAAACUCGUACUGCGCACAACACCCAAUCCAUCGUCGGCUUGACCAACCGUGUCAGUUUAUUCGGGAAACCGUAAUCGUGCAUAAUCUGCCAUAGUUGAUUUCGAUAGAUUGUGUUGUACACCGAUUUAAAAUCGAUGUAAGGAUGGCUUGGGCAAAAGAAAAUACCGUACCGCGAAUAUUUGGUCCGUGGUGGCGUAGGCACCCCUAAUCCCGCCUGGCAUUGCGCGAGUCCCCUCGCAAACGGUGAUAGUCGACGGCAGAGAAUUUGAGAGAGUACCGUGUAGGCGGCGCUCAGCAGCGUGAUUGCACGGUAGUUGCAGCAAUACAACUUGUCGCCCGUUUUGUAGAUGAGACACACGAUACUCUCCCAAAUCCCCUGUCUCACCGGGGGCCAUCGUGUCAGCUUUAUUUAGAGUCCUACGCUGACACCAGGACGUUGAUCAGCUGCUCCUAAUAUGGAAAUCAGACGUUGUUUUGAGCCGCACCAUCUUGGUGAACAGACGGUCAGGUUGACGGAGCAUUUCCUCUACCGACGAAGUAUGGCUAACAUGCUAAUGAUCGCGUCGCAUUGAUGUUGUCGGCUGACAACAUUACCCUAGCAACAGAGAUCUUAAGUAUAAGACUCAUCUAUCGUAGUUUAUGAUACCGUCCGUGGGAGGCAAAUGGUGGUUUCUCUCGAGCCUCUCCCUUUCAUAUACUUUCGUUUUCGACGCAUUUUUUUAAGUCCAACUUUCCUAGCCUUCCCUUUUGGUCUAGCCAGUGCCGAAUUAGGGAUUGUGCGGUCCCCUUCAAGUUGUCGAAAUUUAAAUAAAGGAAUAUGUCAUUUUUGUGGUCCCCGUGGCUCUGUGGUUAGCGAUGUCGGUCGGCUAGCUCUCCCACACGGUUGUGAUAUCGGGUUCGAUUCCCGAUCGAGUCGAGGAUCUUUUCGAGCUGGAAAUUUUCUCGACUCAGCACUGGGGCACAGUGUAUCGUUGUACUUAUCGUAAACAUACAAAAUGUGCCAAAAACAAUAUCGAUAACGAAUUCUCUCAACUAAUCUUAGUUGAUCGAGACCGCUUUUAGCCCCAAGGCUAAGCGUGCGAUAUUGUUUUUUAUAUGUCAUUUUUAAUUCAUUAAUUCAUUCAUGAGCUGAAGGAAAGUUAUAAAAGAGUUGAGUCAGUUUUAUUAAAAUUUAAGUUAUUUUAAAGUUUCACGAUUUUUAUUGAAUUUUUCAUUUGUCAUAAGUCAUGACAAGUGAUCUUUUGUGGGGGCCAGAAGGCCAUAGCCCCCCUCCCCUAGAUCCGGCUAUGGGUCUAGUGUAGGUUACCUCCGCCGUUGCAAAAUUUCUUGUAAUAAUGUCGAAGCCGUCUGCGAAGCCUAUGAGUUGACUACUUUUGCUGAAAUUUGUGCCUCUCGUUUCGAUGCCCGCUCGUCGGUUUACACCCUCAAGACAAUGUUGAACAGCAUGCAGGAUAGUCUCCUUGUUUCAAUCCUCUGCGCAAUUUGAAGGGAUUCGAGAGUGUCCCCGAAAGGCACACGUAACACAUAACUCGAUUCAAGUUAGCUUUGAUAAGUCGUGUCCGGAAAACCGUACUGCCGUGAGAUGACAAAGUGACGUAAGUGCCACUUUCUCGAAUAUGAGUUUUUCAUGCCAAUUUGUUCGUUAUUCGAAGACCUGUCUUUUGGUAUCUUCCUUUUCGUUGUUACUUAUUCGUACGUUGAAUAAAAUCAAAAAAAAAAACAAAGUGACGUUGGCACACAUUUCCAUACAAAAGUGACGAAGAAUUCUUUCGUUUUUGGGCCGUACUGAAAAACUGAUUACUUGGAUCUACGUCACAAUGUCAUCUCACGGCAGCGUAGUCGUGCGAUAUUUGCGUUAUUAGCUGGUUUCGAUCGACUGUAUCAUAAGCUACCUUGAAGUCUACAAAGCCGUUGUGUUUUCAAAGAUAGGGCAUACAACUCCUUCCAUACAUUCCUCCGGUCUUCCUCCCAAAUCCUGGAAAAUACACAAUGGAGUGCCGUUGUUACUGUCUUUUUGCCGUCUUAGCUUUGCCGGUAGUCUGUCCUGACUGCGGCUCGAUUGUUCUUUAGUGACCCAAUUUCCCAUUUGAUCUCCAGAAUAUCAGUAACUGGGACACUGUUAUCGUUUGUAGGCACUCCAAGGUUUACUUUCCUCCCGCCUGCUUCCGUUACUCCGCUAUUAGGGAGCUCUUCGAAAAACUGCUUCCACCUGUCGACCACUUCGCACUCGCAUGUGAUCAGGUUUUCCUCCUCGUUCCUACACAUAUCUGGACUCAGUGUGUAACUCUCACGGGAUUGGUUUACCUUCUCGUAAAACUCCUAAGACUUGUGAACUAAUUUCGAGCUCGUCGAUAUUUGACCGCGUUCUCUCUUAUGGCAAUGCUUAGAUAGUUUUUCCAAGCUCGCGUAGCUCGCCCCACCCAUUGUCAAGAGUCGAGCACAUAGUUCCUCCGCGGAAGGUAGCGCAUGCGUAUGAAGAAAUUAAUAAAAAAAAUAAGUUGACUUAAGUUACUUUAUAACGUAAUGAUUAUGUUGUACUGUUAUAUACAAAAAAAAUAUUGUAUUUUUAUAGUGUAACUUUUGUACUAUUGAAAAGGGUCAAGCCUUUUUGAAUGCAGAUUUCCACUAAUCAGAGCAUGACCAAAUACCACCCAAUUUAAUUAUUUUCGGAACCAAAUUGACGCCUAGAGAACGGAAAUUAAUCCAGACACUUCCGAACUUCCGAUAUUUACGUUUGUAUGAAAAAAAAAUGACUUUUUUCGGAUUUAUUCCCAUCCUCCAAAAAUCUAAAGUAUAUAUUUAGAAUUUGAUAAAUUUCCCAUGUAAGAAAAUUAUAUUAGCUUACCUGCAAACAAAUGCUACGAGCGGCCUUUCGGCAGUUAACCGGAGUAUUAGCCAUGGCGGACAAAACAAUGCGAGUAGGCAUGUUUUUCCUCCUCAGUUUCCGCGACAAAAUUGUUGGAGUAGAUUUUACGCUUCAAAUUUGCCCAGAAAUUCUCGAUGAGACGCAGCUGGGGGACGUUGGGCGGGUUCGCCGACCACAUCGAUAUUCAGCCGCUCCAUCUUUACAUCUUCACCUGCGAUCGCUUCGAAUAGUGGUCGGCGCCAGAUCUGGCCAGAACACCGUGUCUUCACCCUCAUGGUAUUUCCUAAUGAAUGACGCAACUUCCGGCAGUCACUUCGUAUUAUAAACUUUUCCGUUCACGGCCAGUGUGGAGCGAAAGAGAAGCAAUUCCUUUUCUAGCUUAUUGUCAGCCACAGUAGCACCUACUUGAGGAACUUGGUGUGUGAAUUGAACUUCACCUCGGAGGUUACUUCCUUCGUCGGAGAAGUAAAAUACGGAGUGCCUUGCCAGUCGUUGCCAUCCAGGGUGAGACAGAUCUCGUCGUCCAUCAUCGCCGCCACGUCGCGAUUCGCCGGGAAAAUCGACUUGAUCAUUUUAUUCAGUCUCUGCCGCUGCGUCAUUGCCUGCAGCUCCGAAAUCAGUGGGCGGGACUCCCGCUUCCUGACAUGUAUGUCCAUAUUCGCCGAGGAUUCUGCCAUUGUGUGACGGUACUGGAAAACAGUCAAAAAUUGGCAUAUAUCAUCCAAUAUGGGUAUUUCUAGAACCGGGAUGACAUCCAAAGGUUAUUUCAAAGUUCAAGACUAGGCUUCCUGACAUGUAUGUCCAUAUUCGCCGAGGAUUCUGCCAUUGUGUGACGGUACUGGAAAACAGUCAAAAAUUGGCAUAUAUCAUCCAAUAUGGGUAUUUCUAGAACCGGGAUGACAUCCAAAGGUUAUUUCAAAGUUCAAGACUAACUUGUGGGUUUUAAAUUGCCUAUGAUCGUCAAACACCAUCCAAUAUGGGAAUUGUUGGAACCCGGCCGGAAUAUAACUUUGAAUAGGAUAUCACAUUGAAAUUAAAUUUUAUUAAUUUAUUCUUCGCUUGGUUUAAGAACAUUUGCAUUCAUAUGUUAUAUAAACCGGGUCUACCAGUUCUUUUGAAAAUGAGAAAACCGAAAAGCACUUUUCAGCUCGUAUUUUUGAUUCAUAACCGAAUAUCAACAUAGGCCGUUGUAAGUGAAAAUCUCAUCUCAAGUAACUAGUGGCCCUGGAAAGGCUGUUUACUGCCGCUCCAAGCAUGAUGAGUAGAACAUGGUGCAACGGUUUAACCAAAAAGUAGGCGCGGGGUGAGGAAGCGUUUUUUCACUUUGGAGGGUUGGAGUCGAAGCAUCACUAUGCAACAGCGAAUAAUCUUUUCGUGUUUGUUGAUAUAUCCUUACUAACAAGGUAAUUGAAUACCGCAAAUUCAGGUGUUUUAGGUUAGAAAUUGUUUCUUAAAUUAAUUAAAAUUGGUAGCAUUGCCAUGUUUAUAAUUUUUAUGCCCUAGUUGUUUAUAAACAAACCUAUUCGCUGGCAAUUUUUUUUUUCCAAUAUGGCCGAUUUGAAUUCUGACAUACCGUUACACCAUGUCUUUGUACAUCAUGGCUUCAAGCAUAGUUGUCCCAGCGUGCAUAAGGUUUGUGUAGAACAUGGGACUACUAUGCUUGGAACGGCAGUUUAUUGGUGGUGGUGGUGUGAUGUGGAUAUCUACACAGCAUUUUCUGAACCCCACACAUUAAAAAAAUUCGCAGUUUUAACAACGAUUGGAUUGCAGCUUUUCUUGAACAGUAACAUGACAUAGCCAUUGUCAAUAAACGAUUCAUCAAUACUCUAAACUUCACUCUAAAAAACUAAUGAUACUACUAUUGCAACCUGUUGGUUGCAUAUCGUUACCACUGUUGUCCAUCUCGCCAACAAAAAAUCGUUUGAAUUUAAACAAUCGAAUGUGACAAAAGCAACAACAUCAAAUGUGAUUAUCGGUUCGGAAACUGAAACAUCUCGAAGUAGAAAAGAACAACAAAAUGGCUGCUAUUGAGCAAUAUUCAAUCUUCUGACAAACAGCUAAUUAUAGAAUAACAAAUAGGCAUAUAUUUAUAAUCAACGAAUUCCAAAAAAAAAACAACGGAAUGUUAUGCUAUCGCUAUGAACCGAAAAAUUCGUACAAAAAAAGGGGAAAUUUCCAUCAGCAUGCAACGCGAACGGCGGUAUAUGAUAUUGUCAAAUAGAGUAGCAUAUAUCCAGACAUUAUUAGCUAAUAAGUAAAGGUAAAAAAAUGUGUGUAUGUACUUGUGUACCUUUCAUUGUCACUGGCGCUAACCAAUAGAUGGAAUUUUUACAGAACAUGUCAAAUUUCCUGCAUCUAAUCAAUCAGAUUAACUAAAACGACUUUCAUGUAUUGGGAUGUGAUUAUUUUUAGAUAUAAAUUCGACUUAUCUUGGAUCUGAAGAAUAGGUUUAUGGUUUGUUAUACAACAAACAAAACGUUUCCGUUAACUUCCUAGUCAGAACAGAGCCAGCAGGACAGAUAAACCCGCAAUCGAGUUAAGGAUGCAUACUAGCGAUCAAAAUACAAAACAAACAAAUGUUCACGCAAAUGAUAGACAUGGUAGAAAAACCUUAGUAUCGUCACCAACAGCAGUGUCUUGGCAAAUGGCACACGGUUUGAGGAGAAUCGAUCCCGUGAGCAAAAACAAACCGUCCCUUCCGAAAUGGUCGAUCAUUUUUCUUAGAGAAACAGAUAACAGCUUAACAAACACACAACAACCAAAAAAACGAGAAUUCAGAAUCAGAAGGGAACAAACAAUAAAAUUGCCAUAAACAUCAUGCAACAGCGUGCCUAAGCGAAAAACAAACAAACAAACAAAUAAACAUUAUAGGUAGAAAACGCUCAAUCGAUCGCUGCUGUCAUGGCAACAACAGCAAUCGAUUCAGCGUCCUCCAGCGAUGUUACAAUUCAAACAUCAACUACAGCAAAUAAGCAAAAAGAACAAAAAAAGCAAAUGCAACAGCAACAAUGAAAAUAACAACAAUUCCUUAACGCAACAAACUAGAUCUGUGAUAAUAUCGAAAUAUGAAGAUGAUAAGGACGUUGAUAAACUAAUGAAUCAAACAGAGAAGAACACUUAAAAAUCGAAGUAUUGGAAAGACGAACCAAUUGAGAAUGUGCAAUGAGAUGAAACACCGGUCCAGAAAAAAAGAAGAAAACAACUCAAACACACCAAGCACAUGCCCAUUCAUACUUAUCCAAACACAUGCACACGCAAACAUACAUACACGGUACCACACACGGUUUUCUUUCCCCGGUAUGCACGUUACAGCAGAGUUUCACCUGAGGAUAUUUAAUCAAGAACAAGAAGAAAAAAAAACUGAACCGUAAAAAAACAUUCUUCAUUUUUUCUAGAGUAGGAAUUAUUUAUUUUCAUGGUUAUGGAAUAUUUAGUUUGUGUAGUGAUAGAGUUUAGAUAAAUGUGCAUGUAUUUAUGUUUGAUACGUAUCUAACGAAACAAAAAAAUGAGUGGUUUUAUUAGAGUCAAAACUACAUUAGAUAAUCAUAACACUGACUGCAUGAAACGCGAAAAAAAAAACACUGUACUACUGAGAAUUUCCAAGCGAAAUAGAAAGAUUUGUACACAAAGUCUUGGAUGAUUUAUGUACACUAAACAAAAAAAAUCGAAAUGUGUGCAAGAAUGCAAUCUAAUAAUCAUGUUCGUCGUAACUUAGUUGGCUCAACUUUUGUUUUCUUUUUUCGUUUUGUGUAAAAUAUGAAUCGAUUGAUAAUAGUUUUGGGAAGGUGCGCAAAAAAAACACAAAGUGUUCUGUAUAACGAGAAUGGCAUUUAGAUCUAAUUCAUCUAAUAAAAAAAAACGAGCCAACUAACGCAAAUCGAGCAAGAUGCGGUAAUACCUGAACGAAACAAACGAGAUGCCAUCGUUAACUAGUGAAAAAUCAUAUUAGGAGCGUAAUAAAAUCUGUCCUUAGAGCAAACAGCGUUGAUAAAGAAAAUAAAAAGGUUGCACUGAUCGAGUUUAAUACCGCUGCGGUGGAGCCAAAGAACUUAUUUAUAUCUUAGACGAAUGAGGAUCGGAUGAACGGGAUCUGAAAUUUCUACUUAAACAGCGGUUGUUAUUGAUAGUGAUUAGAUGAAGUGGCUCACAUCGGGUACGAAAACGCGCACCCAAAGUCGAUUCAUCUAGCGCUCGGAACUCAAAAUUUUUUUUUGUUCGGUGCAAUUUGUUUUUUUGUUUUUUUUUUUUUGCUUCCCAACUCUGAAAAUAAUCUAAGGUUGUUCCUCUUAAGUCUAACUUUUGAGAUGAUGAGCAGAAUAUUUUAAAGUUAUUGUUUGAAAAUUACCCUUUCUCCACAAAUUGUUCUUUAAAAUUUAUGCUAUACUUAUACUACUAUAUUUGUUUAUACUGAGCCUGGAGCGCAUUGAAAAGAUCUGCGGUUAAACAUUUCGACAAACUUGCAAAUCUGAUAUUUUUGAAAUUUAAAUGUCCAAAAUUAGCUUUUCUCGAAAACUAGAUUCAGGAGCGUAAAAUUUAAGGUUUUCAAAAUUAGUGUAUCAAAAACACUCAAGCAUACUGGGCACAGAAAAUUGAUUUUUUUCCUUCCUCGGUUUUGUAAGACCACUAGAAUUUCGAUAGAAAUAAAGCUUAAAAGCUGUUAUACAACAAUUUGUUUGUAGAGUACUUAUCGACAUCGAGUUCGAUUCCUUUUUUUUCUUUAUUUCAAAAGUUGGACAUUUUCUGCACAAAAGAUACUCGAACUUAUGACUGACAGUAGACUACUUCGCUUGCUUUGAUUGGGCAAAUAUGGCUCUCUACAGAAGUUCUUUCCAUUUAGUAAUCAGUUAUUAGUUGAUGCCGAACACUCGAACGAAUCGACUUAUAGGGUAACAUUCUAGCAGCUUAGAAGGAGAUACGAAUACCACCGCAGUGCUAACCUUUUAUCAAUACGACGGCGGCGUAAGAAAGCGUAACAAAACUCAAACAAACUACGUGCAAAUGUUAACAUCUGUGAUAUGCAAAACAAAAUACCCUAUAAUGUAAGAAACGAAGAAGCAAAAACAAUGGACAACCCACACACAAACAAACUCAAACAAAUAAGAUGCUAAGAGAGAGAGAGAGAACACACACACACUUUUUGUAACCAAGGACGAAACGAAAGCCAUCUCUCUAGCGGAAAUGAAAGAAGGACUAUCACAAGCAAACCAGUACGCCGAAAACAAAUAAACAAACAAACAGAAACAAAAAUGUAGGGUACAAAAGGGUAAAUAUUAACGAGAUAAAAAUAAAAUCCAUCAUCAAAGACUAGUGAGAGUAGAUAAAAGAGACAAAGCAUAAGUAUGUAUGUAACCAGCAACAAUUACCAAAAAAUGGACUGCUCUAGUAAUGUAAUGAUAAAAUCUAAUCGUUCUAAACAACAACAGCAACAACAACAAGAAAAACAACAAGCACACGAAAAGUGGCACUGCUAGUUAAAAUUUAAAAAAAAAAGUACCGAAAUACCAAAACGAAUUGAACGUCUUGCUGAAAGGAUACAGAACAAUUCAAAGAACUAUAGCAAGAGGUUAGAAUAUUACCAACACUCAAUUAUGAAAACGAACGAAAACCGAGUGAGUGGAUCGUUUAUUUUUGCAAAUCGAGUUAUUGUUUUCCGUUGGAUUUCGAUUCGUUUUUAUACAAAGUGUAAACAUAUAGACAAAUAAUGUGUAGCAAAAGUAUAUAACCCUUCAAGAAGGACAUCAGUUCAAUCCGUAAUACAUAUAUAUGAAUUUUAAAGAAAAAAAAAUCAUGACUCUCCAACAGAUUGAAUAUGGGUUAGUCGAUAAGCGAAAAAGACAGCGAAUAUAGCAAAGUUUGAUAACUAUCACCAUCUGGGUA